AUGUCGUCCCUCUUCGAUGCCGUUAUCCAGUCCGAGCUGGGCUCAACGGCCGGCUCCCAACAAAUCCACUCAGAUCAGAUCGGCAGCUCGCGGCCGCAGCUCAUGUCAGAGAGCAAUGGACCGAUGAGUGAUGCACAAGGCUUCCCGGAUGACCAGGUUGUGGGCACAAACAGUUCGACGAUAAACCGACUGCGGAAUCCAUACAUGCCAGGCCCCCCUCCGGUCACCGAUUUGGCGGGUGAGAAAGUGCAACAAGCGUUCGCGGAAUUCCUCGAGUCCUACAUUGAGGAGGUCUCAAGCACUGCGCCGCCGCCGUCGUCCGCUCGUUUGUCCGAUAAAUACUAUAUCGCACAAAUUUACGGCAUGAAGAGACUGGGACUGUCGACCCUUUAUGUAGACUUUACACACUUGACAUCAUUGGAUAACCAGAUUCUGGCCGAUGCGAUUUCCAACCAAUACUAUCGAUUCCAGCCUUUCCUGGUGAAGGCUUUGCAAAACCUGAUCAGCAAAUAUGUACCGGAAUACUAUAUUUCCCAUCGUCAAGCGACUAGCGCGCAAUCUCAGAAUAGUUCGGCUAUGCAAGACCUGGAAGAGAGUGCGGCCGAAAACGACGAGAGCAUCAACGACCCCAACCAGCCGAAAUUGGGCCGUCAAGCUAACACCAAGACCCGGCAUCAGCAGACAGAUAAAUUGUUCUCCCUGGCAUUCUACAACAUGCCGCUGGUCUCCCGGUUACGGCAACUUCGAACAUCACAGAUUGGAAAAUUACUGUCUGUCUCUGGUACCGUGACGCGGACAUCUGAAAUCCGGCCCGAAUUGUCGUUGGGUACCUUCAUCUGUGAACAAUGCAAAUCGGUUGUCCCCAAUGUGGAGCAAACUUUCAGAUACACGGAGCCCAGCGAGUGCCCGAACAGUACUUGUGGUAACCGGUCUGGAUGGCGUCUGGACAUUGCGAAGAGUACGUUUGUCGACUGGCAGAAGGUGAAAUUGCAGGAGUCUUCGCAUGAAAUUCCCACGGGCAGCAUGCCCCGUACAAUGGAUAUCAUCCUACGUGGUGAAAUGGUCGACCGCGCCAAGGCAGGUGAACGGUGUAUCUUCACUGGUACAUUGAUCGUGGUCCCGGAUGUUAGCCAGCUUGGUCUUCCUGGAGUGCGGCCAGAGGCCGUUCGUGACAUGAGUAACCGCACUGGUGAAGUAGGGGGAGGUGGUGUGAGUGGUCUGAAGGCCCUGGGUGUCAGAGACCUCACUUACCGGCUCGCCUUUCUUUCCUGCAUGAUCACUCCCGACACCAGCACACCUGGUCAACAAACAAACCAGCAACUGACCGGUAACUCCGACAAUAUUCUGGGCUCUCUCAAUCAGCACAAAGACCCCGACCCGGAAGACGACAUGGCCCAGGAAUCCUUCCUUCAUACCAUCAGUGCAGCAGAAGUGGAUGAUUUGAAGCAACUUGUUCAUUCAGAGUACAUCUACUCGCGUCUAGUCGAAUCCAUCGCACCGAUGAUUUAUGGGCACACGCAAAUCAAGAAGGGCUUGCUUCUGCAACUGAUUGGAGGUGUUAGCAAGUCGACGGAACAGGAGAACAUGCAGCUUCGUGGUGAUAUUAACAUUUGCAUCGUUGGUGACCCUUCGACAAGUAAGAGUCAAUUCUUGAAAUACAUCUGUUCGCUACACCCUCGUGCAGUAUAUACCAGCGGUAAGGCCUCAUCUGCUGCUGGUUUGACUGCAUCCGUCGUGAAAGAUGCCGAAACUGGUGAAUUUACCAUCGAAGCUGGUGCACUGAUGCUUGCCAACGGAGGCGGCAUCUGCGCCAUCGACGAAUUCGACAAAAUGGACAUCAGCGACCAAGUUGCAAUCCACGAAGCAAUGGAACAGCAAACGAUCUCCAUCGCAAAGGCUGGCAUCCACACAACCCUCAACGCCCGCGCUUCAAUCCUCGCCGCCGCAAACCCCGUCGGCGGUCGCUACAACCCCAAAACCACCCUCCGCGCCAACCUCAACUUCUCAGCCCCCAUCAUGUCCCGUUUCGAUCUGUUCUUCGUCAUCCGCGACGAACCCAACGAAGCCGUCGACCGCAAGCUGGCAGACCACAUUGUCAACGUGCACAUGAACCGCGACGAAGCCGUGACACCAACUAUCAGCACCGAGCAGCUCCAGCGCUACAUCCAGUUCGCGCGGACGUUCAGACCUGUCUUCACGGACGAGGCUAAGGCCGUCCUCGUCGAGAAGUACAAAGAGCUGCGCGCCAACGAUGCACAGGGUGGAAUGGGUCGCUCCUCGUACCGUAUCACCGUCCGUCAACUGGAAUCGCUCAUCCGUCUCUCCGAAGCCGUCGCCAAGGCUAAUUGCGUCGAGGAAAUCGUCCCCAAUUUUGUCAUCGAGGCCUUCAACCUCCUCCGCCAGAGUAUUGUUACCGUCGAGAAGGACGAUGUCGAAGUCGAAGAUGACGACGAGGAAGCCGCGCUCGCGCAAGUCGCAGCUGCAGACCUCGAAGACCAGGAGAUGGCCGAUGGGGAUAGGGAAGGCGAUAGCCCCAUGCGCGAUGGCGAUGAUGGCGAGCAGCAAGAACAGCCUGCGCAGCAGCGCCAGAAGCCCAAGACCAAGAUCACGUACGACAAGUACAUGAAGAUCCUGAACUUGGUCGUGCGGAGAGUGAACGAGGAUGAGUCGACGUCUGGUGAGGGCGUUGAGCGGGAGGAGUUGCUUGUUUGGUACUUGGAGCAGAUUGAGGCUGAACUUAACACCGAGGAGGAUUUGCAGCGGGAGCGGGACUUGGCUGUUAAGGUCUUGAAGCGGAUGGUCAAGGAUAACAUCCUCAUGCCUAUCCGCGGAGAAGGUCUCCUCGACGACGAACAAGAUGAGGAUGGCCAGACGCACAAGACCGUCUACGUCUUGCAUCCCAACUGCGCUAUUGAGGAGAUGUGA